UAUUAUAAUUUGAAGUGCAAUAUAAAAGGACGUAAAGUGCAGUUUUCGCAAUAACUUGUUUAAUACCGUCUUUAUUAAAAGUAAACAUCGCUGUUCAUAAAUCCAACGAUGUCCACGAGAUAUAACAUCGUUAAGCUGACAUACAGCAAAGGAAGAGCGUCGAAGUAUACCAUAGUGCCAGAAUCGUGGAUUGUAAUUCGUCACUCGACGGAUAAAAGGGCUGUGAUUGUUUUACCCGCUGAAGACGCUUCGAUUGAAGACUGCGUGAAGAACAACGAGAAGCCAGCGGCUGACUGGAAGCGGCACUUAUGUGACGUCCUAACGGCUACAGAUACCUUUGAUGAUGCUGUGAUUGCUGUGCUGCAGUAUGAAACAGAUGAUCUAUUAACGAAAGAUGCUGAAGGAGAUACACAUCAAGACUCGGAAACGACAGAGGAGAACAGCAGUUCUAUAGAGUUGCAAAUAGAGGCAUAUAGUGAAAACAGCGCUGCCAAAUAUAUAUAUCCGAAACCGCCGCCGGGGUUCGACGAAAACGACACAAGAUGGACGCUUAGACAUCGGCAGCCGGGCCCCGAGCUCGUGGAGCUAGUUGAGAAUACCAAAGUGUUCGUCGAGGAGAAGAAACUCCAAGCAUUCACAGAGAUUGCAGGAACGAGCAAAUUUCUCACUAUGACCUUAAUGGACCUCAUCUUUAAGCGCGAAGCAUUGUCUUUUUGUACCUAUUCACAGAAAAAGUAUAGGUUGGAUAGUCCAGCUUUGAAUGCUCUUCUAGAUUACGUGAAACGCAUCGCGAGUAUAAAUGGUUGGGAGAAAAUUGACAUAGUAGACUUUAAUGACUGGGUAGGACAAAAAAUUAAAAAUACCAAACGUAAUUUGCCGGCUUCUAAUAACAUUGCGUCACGUAAUAGUGUCGAGUUGAUGAACAGGCGAAUGUAGGCGCGUUGGGAUAACAUCGAAGA